UGGCUUGAUGACUUUAUUUUCAGCAGCAGUAGACGGUUGGUGUUCCUGGGACAGACCGACCCUGUCCCUGGGUCAAAACAUCCUUGUAUAAAGAAAGAAAGAAAAAAAAAAAGAAACACGAGUGAACUGAAGAAGAGAGGGGGGAGGCUAGGCUGAGUGCUUGUAGCCAGCAGCACUCCUGGUUUCACAGAGAUUGCUGUGGUCUUUGUGUCUUCUCAGGAGGAUGGCUCAAGAGACGAACCAGACCCAAGUGCCUCAGCUCUGUGCCAACGGCUGCGGCUUUUAUGGCAACCCGCGCAACAACGGCAUGUGCUCCGUCUGCUACAAGGACACCCUGCAGAGACAGAACAACAGCGGAGUUAGCCCAUCAGUGAUGGCGUCUGCUACCCAGUGCUCGGACAGCAGCAGCGUGGAUGUGUCGUCAGCAUUAAUCCAGGCCGCCGCCUCGUCGCCGCUGGAUGCCAACAGCAUCUCGGCCAGCCAGGUCCUGCUGUCCCAAGCGGCCGUCACGCAGCACGAAGACGAAGACUCGGCCGUGGCCAAAGUAGACAUCAAGUCAGAGGACUCGCAAAGCGACGCGUAUAGCGUAGACGAGGAUGUCCUGAUGGAUGAAGUGCCAGGUAGCUCAGGGUCAGCUGGUGUGGAGGAGAGUGUCAGGAGAGGCAAGAGGAAGCUGGAGGAUAUAGAUGAAGAGCACGCCUCCUCCAAUGACGGUGAGCAGACGACGUCGGCAGACGACCAGGACAAAAGCCCCGGCAAGAGCAAACCCAAGAAGAACCGCUGCUUCACCUGCCGGAAGAAGGUUGGACUCACAGGAUUUGACUGCAGAUGCGGCAACGUCUUCUGCGGCAUGCACCGCUACUCAGACAUUCACAAAUGCACCUUUGACUACAAAGCGGACGCAGCGGAGAAGAUCAGGAAAGAGAACCCCGUCAUUGUCGGGGAGAAGAUCCAGAAGAUCUAAGGAGCCAUCUCAUCGACAUCGUCAUCGUCGCGGGUGCCAGGGAAUAAUGCGUGUCACGUGGACUACCGACGCUUUCAUCCAUUUUUCUUUUUGAUUUUUUGUUUUUACCUACCCACCUCACCUCACCACCCCAUCUUGUUUUUUCCCCUUUACAGUUUGAACUUGCUCACGAUAACCUGAGCCAUUUCCUAUUUACUCACCCUUAAAUCAUGCAUGCUACCUGGAAAACACUUCUUUGAUUUAUUGGUUAGUUUUUAUUAUGACUCUUUUUUUUUUUUUUUACAGUUUAUUAUUUUGUUGUUACUCAAAAUUUUAUUUCCCUUAAAAUAUUGUGGAUUGUGUGAGAAAAAAAAAUCUUUAAUAGACCUCUACAAAAUUAUUCAAUUUUAUUAUUAUUAUUGUUAUAUAUUUUAAGUUGAGUUAAGAAUAGGGCGCUACAUUUAUGGUGGUGAGACUUACUAGAGGGGCUGUGCUUUUCUGGUGUCUGUUCUUCUCUAUAAAGAAAAAAAUUGCAUGUAAACAUGUCUAAAAGGUUUUUUUCCCCUUCCCCUCCAUCCUUUGUACUGUAUGCUCUUCCAAUGAAUGAAUGUAUGCUGAGCAUUACUGCAAUUUCGUUAUUAUGGACAGCAUAGAGAAAGAGAAAAAGUGCUCAAACACCCUAAAUCACCCUUUCAUUAAUGUUUAUUUUAUUAGUCACUUAGGAGCGUGUGGUUUUCUGUACAAAUGUUUGUUUGGAUGUUGUUUUUGGGUGAUUUUUGCCUGUAUCCACCUCAAGUGUUGGUUGUGUGUGUGUGUGUGUGUUUGCGUGUAUGUGUGCGGGCGCGUGUGCUUGUAUGGUGUGUGUGUGUAAGUGUGUGUGUGUGUGUGUGUGUGUGUGUGUGUGUGUGUGUGUGUGUGUGUGUGUGUGUGUGUGUGUGUGUGUGUGUGUGUGUGUGUGUGUGUGUGUAAAAAUAAUAUAGUUCAUUUAUGAGAGUGCACAGGAUGGGUUGAGGUGAAUGUGCUGUAUUUAUGUUUGUUUAUUUACUGUCUCUGCUUUGAUCUGAAUAAAAACUUAAAAAUCAAGUUUUACACAUAAA